UUUUUAAAACAUCCGGUUGUCUAAUCCACGUAAAUACAAUAACAUAACUUGCUUGUCACGACACCUUUUGUCUUAAAAACGAAAUUGAUAUAAACACCCGGCAUAAACAUCACCAUGGCAUGACUGGCCUACAUUAUACGUGACUGGCUUUCGCUCGGCAUAGCCCGUAGUAUGUAAAUGCAACCGUUCUGAGCUGAAACUAGUGUUAUACACCCCAGUACAGAGUGAAACUUCCGUAUGUGACUUGUCUGAUGGACUUGGGAAUGGAUAAUUGUAUGGCUUCUUUUGACGACUUGAAAAUAUCCAAGGAUGAAAAGAAUGUUCGAUUUAAGGAUGUCACUGUGUAUUAUUUCCCGAGAGAACAAGGAUUUACAUCCGUACCACACGAAGGAGGUUCAACAUUAGGAAUGUCGUAUGGUCAUACAGACUCCGAUACAUAUUCUUUGGCCGAUCAUGCUAAAAUGAGAAAAAGGUCAUACCACGCGGCAUUAGGAGAUUCGGCGAUGGAAGAUGAACAAAGUGAGACAAAUGCAAUAAAUAAGCUGGAAGAUGAAGAUUGGUAUUAUUCUACAAAACGUUUAAAAUCCGAACACAGAUUGACACCUGCUCAGCGGCGUUUACUUCUACGACAAUCAAGCUUAGUAAACAUAGAUCGAGGUGAAGCAGACGAUUGCAAGGACAUUCGAGAUUCACGGAGAAAAAGUGGGUGCAACUGUAAGCACAUGUGCGACCCAAAUACAUGUGCGUGUAGUUUGGCAGGUAUCGAAUGCUUUGUGGAGGACGACUCAUUCCCCUGUCGGUGUAGUAAACCCAUCUGCAAAAACCCACAUGGACAUAAUGAGUACAACGCAGACAAAGUUCAGGAACACUUUACUAGAACUAUGGAAAAACUGAAAAAUAAUGUUGAAACUUAUAUGCAAGCGUAAACAACGAAAUUUUGUAAUUAUUGUUUUAUUGAAAGACUUUACUUUGGUCUCGUGGCGUUAUUAGUCACAGGUGCUUGUUUGCUUUAUCAGGGACUUGUUUUUAUCAUUGACUUCAACGUGUUGUUGAAGAAUUGCCGAAUAUUAGACAAAUUCUUUAUUUGAGCUUAGUGCAAUAUGAUAUACAGCAUUGGUGGUUUAAACAUCCAUAUACAUGACGUACAUAUAUAUGUUUUACAAACACAACUACAAAAUCUGUUACUGGAUAUAUUAUCUGUUAUAUAUUAAAAAAAAGUGAUAUCA